AUGGAAAAUCAGAAUGACACAUACAGUCUAAGAUAUAAUAAAAAAAUAUACCUCAUAAAGUUGUUAUAUGAAUUAAUUAUAUGUGAAAAGAACAAAGAUAAUUAUUCUCCAGAUUUUGAAGAUGAUAAAUUUUAUAAUUAUAUAGAUAAUAUUUUGAAACUAUUAUUUAAUUAUAUAUUUGAUGUAAACAGUGACUAUUAUACACAUGAUCUGAAUAAUAAUAUUGACAUAAAUAUAUCCUCAAGUUCAUCCGAAGCAUCGAGUGAUGUUUUUUUAUAUUCUGAAGAGAAAGAAAAAGAGCUAUCAGACUUCUUCAACUUUAAUACAAACAAUAUAAAUCAAAAAGAAGUUUAUCAUAAUGAAAAUGACACGGAACAUGAACUCGAUAAUUUUGAAGACACAAAAAAUCAUAUAAAUAUAAUUAGUAAAGAAAAUACGAUUAAUAAUAAUAUAAAUACUGACAUAAAAUGGGAUCCAAAUUUAAGCAUAAUUGAAACACUUAAUCUUAAAAAUUCGAGUGGAGAAAAUGAACAAAAUCAACAUAUUAAAUCCGUUUUCUCAGAAAAUAAUGAUGAUCUAUCUGAUGUACUUUUCAAUUAUCACUUAAAUUGUGAUAGAAACACUAAAUCUAUAAAGGAUACAAAAAAAACUCAAAAAGAAAUUCUGAGUAUAUAUUACAAAUCCUUUUCUACAACAGUUAUUGAUAUGCUUUUAAACAAUAAUAAAAUUGAAAUAUCAGACAUAAUAUUAUUCUUUAUUUUUGAUCACGUUAAAAAUAUUGAAGAUAUAAGAUCUUUUUUUUCAAAGGGUUAUUAUACAUUUGAUAAGAUAUACUCCUACAUUCAACAUUGUAAAUGUGAGAAUAAUGGACAUUUGAAAAAGGAUGGGAGCAAAUUUCCUUCCAUCGAUAAUCAUUUAAAGUUUAAUAAUGCCAAUGAAAAGAAAGAUAAUGAUAUAAAUCCUCAAAAUUCUGAUAUUUGUAAUGCACAAACAAUAAAAAUGGACGAAAAUUCCCAUACUCUUGAGAGUCAACCUCAAAAUAAACUAUUAUUUCAUACUAAAAAUUUAGAAGAGAAAUCAAUAGGCAUUACCACUGAAAUGAGUGAUCGAAAACCCUCUAUCGCUACUAACCAUACAAAAGAUUUAUGUGAUAAAAAUUUUCUUAAUUGUAUGCCCCUUCUAAUAUGUGAAAAUGAAAAAAUAAACGCAGAAGUAUUGAUAAAUGAUAUGCUAAACAAAUCUGAAAACCAUAUAGAUGUUAAAAAUAGUGACAUUUUAAAAUUAAAAAACAUUAAGAUAAACGAAAAUUCAUUCACAAUUGAAAAUUACGAAUUUCAAUUAAAUAAAUCUUCUGUUUUACUCAAUAAAUUUAUUUUUAUAUUAAAUUUACAAUUAGAAAAAGAAAGGCAUUUCAAAAUUUGUACUGAUAUAUAUUUUUUAAAAAACUUAAGCUUAAGUUUUUUGGAAGCAUCCAAACCGUGGAUUUUUUAUUGGUGCAUACAUACUAUUUAUAUUUUAUAUAACGAUUUUGAAAUCGAGCAAAAGCUAUGUAAAGACACAUUUAGUACUAUAAAAAAAAAUGUUUUUUAUUAUUUAAAUAAAAUUAAAAAUAAAAAUGAUGGCUUUGGCGGAGGGCUAAAUCAGUAUACACAUAUAACAACUACUUAUGCCGCAAUAUGUGUGUUUAUAUAUUUGAAUGAUAAUGAAAACGAUUUUUUAGGUUUUAUUGAUAAAAAAAAAUUACAUUCUUAUAUUCUUCAGUUGAAAUGCAAAGAUGGAUCUUUCAGAUUACACAAAGAUGGAGAAAUAGAUAUGAGGGGAACAUACUGCGCUAUAGCAGUAUGUUCUAUGUGCCAUAUAUUAACUAAAAGUAUUAAAAAAAAUGUUGCAAAAUAUAUUUUAUCAUGCCAAAACUAUGAAGGAGGAUUUACAAGUGAAAAAUUUCAAGAAAGUCAUGGUGGAUAUACAUAUUGUGCUUUAGCUACUUUAUGCAUAUUAGGAAAAAUUAAAAAAGUAAAUUUAAAUAAAUUAAUGUUAUGGGUAAUUAAUAGACAAGGGAAUUUAGAAGGUGCAUUUACAGGAAGAACAAAUAAGCUAGUUGAUGCAUGCUAUUCAUUUUGGAUAGGGUCUAUCUUCUUUAUAAUAAAUGAGAUAUAUACACUAAAAAAAUUAUUCAAGCAAAGUGAAACCAAACAAAAAUCGAUUAAUAAAAAUGCCAAGACUAUUGAUAAUGGUAAUUAUCCCAAAUCAGACGAAUUUAAAGCUUUUGAAAUUAAUAAUUUGAAGGAAAACACAAACAUAUUAUUCAAUAUGAAUUAUCUAAAGUUAUAUCUCCUCCUCUGCUCUCAAAGUAAUAAGGGGGGAAUGAAAGAUAAACCAAAGGAAAAAGUUGAUUAUUAUCACACAUGCUAUGCUUUAAGUGGGCUAACGUUAGUAGAAAAUUAUUUAUUAGCACAUAAGCAAUAUUUUGAAGAUACAUACAACGUCGAAAAUAUAAAUAAGUUAAACAAAAUACACAUUUUAUACAAUAUAACUGUUCAAAAGGUUUAUAAAAGUUAUAACUACUUUUCCCCUGAUUUUCCACUAAAUGAAAAUAAGAUUAAUCAUAAAGUUGGAAAAGGGGCAUAUUUCUAUUUGAAAAAUCUUGUUCAUUAA